AUGCCAUCCUACAAGCUUCGUUUCUCUCGCUCUAGCAAAUUGUUCCUGACAUGCUUAGCACUGACGAUCUUCUGUACCUUCUCAAAUGCCAAAUUCUACGACGACCAUUUCAAAUCUCUCUCCCACGACCACUCAUGGACUCGCAUGGACCGUGACGUUCCUCUGGAUUUCGCCUCUUCCGAACACUCGCCAUCCUCCGCUCGUUUCUCCGAAAGGCAACACCCUGUAUACGACUCCUCCGAGUCCUUCGACAAGCCUAAAGAAUGGUACUCAACAUCCUCCACCAAAAAACUCCCCAUGGAGGACAAGAAUUUCAAGAAAGUAAUAUCUCCGUUCUACACCAUCACCGACAAAGACUCUCAGAAGUACAAGGACAUGGUGAUGAAGUCUGGCGUUCCUUUCUGCCAGGAGAUCAAAACGAAACGAUCCGAGAAAGACGCUAAAGACAGCUUGACCUGUUACAAAUGUAAAAAUCCGAAGAACGGAGCCACUUACGAACAAUGCUCCUACGUUUCUCAACCGUUCACCGAUUACAGCAACGUCGACGAGGCAAUUACGAAGCCAUCAGGCUUCAGAAACAGGAGAUCCAAUUCAGAAGACUCGUCUUCGAAGUACAGAAAAUACGACAAUCCAUACAGAUUCAACGAGAAGAUCUUCUCAGACGCGACAGAGGACGUUCCGUCUGAAUACAAGAACAAAAACGAGAAAUGUGAGAAAGUAGUCAAAGAUUCCAUGGUAUGCAUGGUCUGUAGAGACAUGAAAAGCAACGCCAAGUACGAGCAAUGUUCGUACGUUCAUCAACCAACUGAGAAGAAGUACGCAUACACUAAGUCCAGCUCAUUUAAGAAUCCUGAGAAAGAAAAAGAGGAGGAAGAGGAUACCAAGAGAUCUGGUAGAGAAUAUUCAGAGAGCAAGCCAGUUAGAGAAUAUUCUCAUCCUAGUAAGGAGGAGAAUACAGAAAGAGAUUCUCGCGAGGAGUCUAAGGAUGCUUCUAGUAAUUGCAAAAAGGUAGAAAAGGAUUCGCAGAUUUGUACAGUUUGCAAGGACCCCAAAACAGGUGGAAACUAUGAGAAGUGCUCGUACACCUAUCAGCCAGACGAUAAAGUCUACAAGUAUAGUAGAUCCAAGAGCUUUGGUUACCCUAAAGGCUCUUCUUCCAAGGAAGACUCUAGUUACGAAGGAGAUAAAUCGCCAGAAAAAUCUAAGAGCGAGCCUGAUGACUACACCAAGGACUAUACCAUCCCCGAGAGCUACUACGAGAAGUAUAAGUCUUCUCCAUCCAGUUCUUACUUCAAGGACGAAGAACCCAGGUCCAGCUAUAGUCGAGCAGCCUCUGAAGACUCUAAAUCGGUGUCCGACGACGAUGAAUCCGUGUCAGACUACGAGAAAUCCAAGUCACAGUCUCAGAGAAUCGCUGAAAAGAUUGAGCCAGGUAACUGCAAGGAGGUCCAGAAGGAUUCGAUGACUUGCAGAGUCUGUAAGGACCCGAAAACUGGAAGCAACUCUGAACAGUGUUCUUACAAGUACGAACCAAGUGACAAGAGCUACUCUUACAGCAAAUCUAAGUCAUUUGGAAGUCCCACUGACACUGAAGACAAGUCUUACGGAGAAUCUGAAAAGAAAGAGACUAGAGAACCUGCUUACAAGAGCCAUAGCUAUGAUUAUUCUACUGAGAAGAGUCCUUACGUUACCGACAGCGACAACAGAAGAGAAUUCUCAACUUCUGCUGACUCGAAAGCUGAGGUGAAAGAAGAAUCGCCUAAGUCCACUCCGAAGAAGGUCGACGUGGACUUCUACGACGCUUUCAAGAAGAAAGCAGAGAUCCAGAAGGUCCUGCAGGAGUUCCAGAAAGAAGAUCGAUCCAAUUGUAAGAAAAUGAUGCGUGACAAGAUGACCUGUUACCAAUGUCUGGAUGAAAAAGGCUUCCAGAAGGAGGAGUGUGCGUUUGUAACUUCUGAAGAACCUGCUGAAGAUAAGAUUGAUUACAGAGAAGUGAAAGAGUAUCAGGGAGAGCCUAGUAAAAAAGUUCCCAGGUCAGUUAUCAUCGAGGAUCGUUUCGACGAUUAGAAACCAAACGCGAAGAGCUCUGAGGAAGCUGAAGGAUCCAAGGAAGUGGAACCUUACGAAUACGUAGCUGAGACUAGACCUGUGUUUGACAAGAUUCUUGGAUUCACGCUUCCUGCGUACAUGCUGAGCACUUCAGAGCACGAAGAGGAGUUCGAUAAGAUUGCAUCUAGCAGAAGACUCUAA